AUGGACUGCAACGUGAGAGUGAAGUGGCACACAGGAGCGGAGACCUUUGCGUUCUACAGUCGCCAAAGGUACUGGUGUGGCAUGUUCGACUACAGCCCCGUGUGUAUGCCGGUGUUCAGCAUGGGCCUCACUCUACAGGACCUGCAUACCUUGGCCCUGGGGACGCGCUACAGCAUGAAGUUCUACGUGGAACGCUCUGACGAGGUUGGAUCUGUUUCCAUGUACCACGUGUCCAGCAUAAUCCGAGGUCACGGUCUGACCUUGUAUCGAGGCCACGUUAUACCGAGGUUACACUGGGAUAUUUUUUUCGCCGCCACCUUCAUAGUUCUUUUCAUAGCAGUUUUUGCUGUCUUCGCCAUAAGGCAAUAUUCAAAACGAAAAGUGCACGUGGCUAACAAGGAGACGUCGGACAGCGCCACAACAGACGUUGCCGUCGAGCUGACACAAAUUCUGCAGCAGACGGACUUAAGCAACGCUCCAGACGUUAUUAACAACGAUAAUUAUACGCACACGUUACCACGACAACCUCCACAAGAUUUAGCAGACUCACAUUCGUAUGACGACAACGACAAGUCACGUCUGCUACCACGGGACUGA